GCUUCCUAGCGGUGUCAGUCAGUUCAGAAAGGGGCAGAAAAGAAACAGCAAGUAUUUUCUAGAUGGCGACAACACAAUCACACCCUGGAUGUUAGACCCUCUCGACCCUCGCUUCUUUGUAGUGAAACAUACUUACCUGCUAAGCACACAGGCGACUGGUCUUUGGGAUAUUCUUCCUUGCUGCGGGAUCAGUGUUCUCACACAACUUGGGCCUCGUUUGCUAUGGCCAUGGACGACGAGAUCACUUGACGAUAACCUUGGCCACAAAGAGCUACUACUAGGAUAUCUCAUCACCGCCAUGUCCUCAGCCCCAAGACUCAGGGACACAAGAAGGACACUGCAGACGUCCGGAUGCAGUACCACCACUGGCUCUGCUCUGAUUUCCGCUUGACUAUAAUACGCAAGUGUCGGUGCCGAUCAGCGCCCGAGACAACUUACGAUGUGGCUACAAAAACCAGCCGCUCGCCCGCAUGUGUGUCCAGGCCGUUCUCGACCUCUCGAACCAAGCAGGUCACACUUGUACCGUUCUACACCCCCCCUUCCCUCCCCCUCCCACUAGCGCCAGACACGUCGUCCAACCAUGGCAGCCCAGCCGUUCCUCCCCUUCACCAAGCCUGAGUUCGACGAGCCCACCAUCGCGGCCGUCGUCGAGGUCCUGCGCUCGGGCUGGGUGACCAGCGGGCCAAAGGUGCUCGAGUUCGAGGCGGCGCUGUCGGCCUACUUUGGCGGGCGGCCCGUCCGCACCUUCAGCUCGGGCACGGCCACGCUCGAGGUGGCCCUUCGCGUGGCGGGGGUCGGGCCGGGCGACGAGGUCAUCACGUCGCCGCUGUCGUGGGUCGCGACGGCCAACGUGAUCCUCGCCGUCGGUGCCACCCCGGUCUUUGUCGACGUCGACCCGGCCACGCGCAACCUGGACCUGGACCUGGUCGAGCGCGCCCUCACGAGCCGCACGCGUGCCAUAAUCCCCGUCCACCUCGCCGGCCUGCCCGUCGACAUGGACCGGCUCUACGCGCUGGCGGCGGCGGCGGGGCUGCGGGUGGUCGAGGACGCGGCGCAGGCCAUCGGGUCCAGGUGGCAGGGCCGGCGCGUCGGCUCCUUCGGCGACCUCGUCUCCUUCAGCUUCCAGGCCACCAAGAACGUGACGACGGGCGAGGGCGGCUGCCUGGUGCUCAACGACGAGGCCGAGGCGCGGCUGGCGGGGAAGCUGCGGCUGCAGGGGCUCACGCGCUCGGGCGCCGACGGCUUCGAGGUGGACGUGCUGGGCGGCAAGUCCAACAUGACGGACCUGGCGGCCGCCAUUGGCCUGGCGCAGCUGGCAAAGGCGGACGCCAUCGCCGCCAAGCGCCGCCGGCUCGCGCGGCGCUACCUCACCGCCUUUGCGGGGGGAGACGGCGCGGCCGCCUUUGAGCGCACCUAUGGCGCGCAGCUGCCGCCGCCCCCGUGUGAUGACUGCACGACGACGCCUGGGGCGGCCUGCGGGUGCGAGUACGAGGACGCCACCACCGCCGGAGCUGAGGGAGGGGAAACCCCGGGCGGUGGCAGCAGCACCAGCACCAGCACCAGCACCAGUCGCAGCAACUGCCACCUGUUCCAGCUCGUGCUGCCCCCUCGGGUGGGCCGCGCCACCUUCAUCCAGCAGAUGCGCGAGCGGCACCAGAUCGGCGUCGGGGUACACUACCCAGCCAUCCACCUCUUCCAGCUCUACCGCGCACGCGGCUUUGGCGACGGCAUGUUCCCCGUCGCCGAGCGCGUGGGCCGCCAGAUCGUCACGCUGCCGCUCUUCAACUCCAUGACCGACGCCGACGUCGACAGGGUGGCGGACGCCGUCAAGGCGCUGUUGGGGCCCGCAACUCCCCUGACCGGCUAG